AUGGUAUCAGGGGAAGAGGAAGAAGAACCCCAGUUCCUGCAGGGGACAUCACCUACCCACUUGCCAUCAUUGUCCACAGAGGACACCUGUGAUUUUACUGUCAAUGUGCAUGUUGAUCCUCCAGUUGUCUUGGUUGGACAAGCUGCGAUGUUGUCCUGCCAUCUCACAGGCCAGAUCCCCGCUAAUAUUCAAGUGCAUUGGUACAAACUGGAAAGGAAUAAAAAUACGACGUUAUAUUUUUACAAUAGCACAGAAAAAGGGACUGAGCUGGGCCGGGCUGGGGACCAGCACAGGAUCAAAGGACAAUAUGAGAAUGGAGACAUUAAGGUGAAGCUCUUUCCAGUGCAAGUAGAAGAUAGUGGGCAGUAUGUGUGUGCGGUGACAAGCGAUGGUGUCUAUCAAGACGCUAUUGCCCAGGUGAUUGUUGCAGGUUUUGGAUCUGCACCUUGCCUAACUAUAGAACAUCAGCAGAAUAAUUCAACUACUCUAAGGUGUUCGUCCCAGGGUUGGUAUCCACAACCAGAAAUACGCUGGACUGACAGCACAGGCCAAAAUAUAACUGCUAUGGCUGAAAUAAGAAUCCAGAAAGAUGUGACAGAGCUGUAUCAAAUCCACAGUACGCUCAGGGUAGCAGAUACUGCUUCUGACACCAUCUCAUGCACUAUAAUAAGCCCCUUGCUGAAGAGGCACCGCAAAAAAGUUAUUGCAAUUUCUGGUUUCUUUGAUGUGGAGGCAGAACAUGACGUCAUUACCACUGUAAUUGGAGAGAAUGCCAUUCUUCCCUGCCGGCUGAUUACGAAACAUCUGCCCCCCAGCAUGGAGCUGCAAUGGAGGAAAGUUGGACCUGGGAAGGAUAAGACAAUCUAUCUCUACCUCUAUGAUGAAAGCAGCCCCCUGGUUAAUUCUUAUCCACAGGAUGACAAAUGCUCAGUGGGUUAUUUGUCUCCAAAUGGAGUCAACAGCAGAGAAUGGGUCAGGAAGAAAUAUGAAAAAAGAGCAGAAGUUUUUAAAGGAAAGGAGUUUGGGAAAGGAAAUAUUUCUCUGAAACUGAACAAUGUUCAGAUGGAAGAUGCAGGGAAAUAUGAAUGUUCUGUCACAGCCAACUCAUUUCACAGAGAGAUCAUCACUGAAGUCUUGGUUAAAGAAUUUGUUAGCAUCCUAAGAACAGGACAUUCUUCAGCCAUAAUGACAUAG